UUCUUUCUUUCUUCCUUUCUUCCCUUCUUUUCUUUCCUCCCGUUUUCUUUCCUCCCUUCUUCUCUUCACCGAGACCUCCUAUCCCACUGAAGAGGGAGGAGGGAACGGGGCUCCAGCCCGACUGCAGCCCCCUGCCGAGAGCCGGCAGCGGCUGCGGCCGAGAGCCGUGUACGGAGUCCCUUCUCUAUUUGUUUAUUUCGGUUCGGAAACGGAGAAGAGGAAAGAGGGCCUCCGUGCCGUGACCGAAGACGGCAGCACGGCCUUCUUGGCUCAUACGUUCGACCAUCCUCUAAAAUCUUCUUCGUCUGAGUAAGAGAGAGGAAAGGAGAGAUGGCUGAGCCUCUGGUUUCCAGGGUCGUCUCUCAGCUUGCCAACCUCCUCGCACAAGAAGCCGCUUUCUUAAGUGGGGUGAGGGAUCAAGUCGAAUGGGUUGAAACAGAACUCCAUCUAUUGCAAGGCUUCCUCAAAGAUGCAGACUCCAGAAAAAAGAGAGGAGAUGCAAGAAUGGAGAUCUGGAUAAGGCAGAUGAGAGGUGUAGCAUAUGAAGUGGAAGACAUCAUAGACAGGGUCAAGUUCAUGGCUGAGAGGCAACGUCAGAGGAGAGGCUUCAUGGGCACAAUUUCAAGGUUCUGCAUGGGGCUUGAGGAGUGCACGCAUAAAUUUUCUUCCGAGUUCCUAGAAGAUAUAAUUUUCUUUAUUAUUUAGUUGGAUUCUGUUAGCUUUAUAUUUGGUUUUGGCUACCAAAAUAUGUGCUGGAACAUUGUGACUCUCUAUUAUCUUGGGAUUAUUGUUGUUGAGGAUAAAUUAUUACUUACAUUUUUCAUUACCUAA